AAAACUGAAUUGAGAAAACAGUCAGAAGACGAGAAUUCCUUUUCAAAACAGUCCACUAAUGAUACAGUUCCCUCACUUCCAACUCUUACCCGGUCUUCUCUCAUCAUGCCAACACUAACUAAACGAUUUAGUGUAUUACGCAGAGGGGAUGCCCCCCCUGGCACUGCCGAGAAGGAAAAUGACUCAACUGAUAUACAAGUCUCUGAUAAUUCAAAAAUUUAUAACAUACAUAGUUCUCGACUACAGACAAAAUCAGCGCGUUCACCGUUGAACAAUCUCGCAGAGUUACGUGAAGAUGAAUCAAUUCACGACUUUUCAAUCUCUUCUCCAAAUUCUGUACAAACACCAUUACCAACUUCCCCUAUAAUUACAAAUGACGUGAAUCAAGAAAUAUCUAAUGCUAGAAAAUUUUAUGGUAAAAAUGUCACUGGUGGAUACCCUAUUCAACAAGGAUCUAUUCAUAAUCCUUCUAAUAUUAAAGAUACUACCGAUAAUUUAUCUUAUUCAAAUGUAAAUAAUAAUAGCCAUAUUGACGAUUCUCAAAACAUAAUGGUCGAGCCAUUAAAUACUGCUUCUACAUCGAAUGAUCAAAAUAAUAUGAAAGAUUCUAAUGAACAAAAUGUAAACAAUGUUAAAGAUAUAAAGAGACGGUCUAGUGUUUUAGAGAAUCCGACAAAAGAUCGUCCCC